AUGGACGAACAGUACCAGUACAUUACUGUCGAACGAAGAGGAAGUGAUGGCAUAUAUGUUAUCACGCUUCGCAAGGCCCCCGAGAACCGUCUCAAUGUCGCGUGCUGUCAGGAGCUGAUACGUGCAUACCACAAUAUUCAACGAUGCCUUGGCUCGGACUCUGAAGGGGCUGUGAUCUUGCGUGGCGACAACGCAAAAUUCUUCUGCACCGGACUGGACCUAGACGAACGCGAGCGGAACAGCUUUGCAUCCAGCGAUGGAUUUUAUCCACUGCUGGCUACCAUUCUGGAUUUUCCAUUUCCCACGAUCGCAUUGAUCACAGGUCAUGUUUUCGGAGGCGCAUGUCUUCUGACACUAGCUCACGAUUAUCGAGUCAUGAACGCAAACAGAGGCUUUUGGCAAAUGCCCCCUGUCAAUGCUGGCCUCCAUCAUGACGGGAUGGGUACAUUGGUUCGGUCGAAAUUGGCACCGAAGGUGGCACGGAAAGUACUCCUCGAAGCGCACAAAUUCACCGGAAUCACCGCCCUCGACGACGGUAUCGUGGAUGCUGUGGCACACCCAGACAAAAUGUUCGAUGUCGCUCUUGAAAUAGCAGAGACAUGGAAGAGUAAAGCGAAAAUGGGCGUUUACGGUCUGCUCCGAAACGAGCUUUGGGGACAGGCAUUAUCGGCAUACCGCCAGAACAGUUACGUGCAUCACAGAGAGACAGCAAAGGAGCCAAAGGUCAAGUUGUAGAGUGCCAGUCUGUAGAGUACUAUGUAUGAAGACCCUGCGAGUCAGGCCAUCAAAGAGUACAAUACAUUGUGCCUAGCUGUUGUGAGACAUGCGGUGCGCUGAGCCG